UGGUCCCCUUUUUUUCCCUUGAGAAAAAGCAACAAAGAUUCUGCUGAUUCUGUUGUCUCCCACAUCACAUGUUGGCACAUGUCCAAUCACCUUGCCUAAUGCUUACUGUUGAAGGGUGUACGUGAAUCUUAAAAUCCAUGCAAGUGCCAUCUUGAAAUUCACAAAAAGUCUUAAACAAUAUUUUAGCAUUGAGAUUUCAUGAAUUUAGUUCGAUCUUGACCUGUGUUAGACAAAGGAAUAUGUUAAUUAAGCGUAUCUGUUAACUGCAAUAGAUGGUAUAAAUCAGGUAGUUCAACCGAUAAACUUCAUCAUCUCUUUACUUUUUCCUCACAAGAGAAUAUGCCAUCAGAAAGUUCAAAUGCCAACUCAUAAAGCUCUGGUGACACAUCCUCACAUGAGGUGUGUAUUCAUCAUUUACUUUUUCUUGCUUGAUUUCCAAACAUGUUUCCAAAACAGUGCAGUUAUAGAUUGGUUUGUGUGAUAACAUUUGGCAACAUGCUAUAAGCAGGAAUGCUUUUAUUUCCUUACUUGGAUCAAUCACCAUGGAACCUUGCUCUUGAAGGUAUACAAACCUUUCUCUAAGCCUCUUAGAAUUAAUCUUUAAGGUUCCUUUUUUAAUUUUGAAAAGGUUGACUUGCUGUGCUACUUUUUCCUAAAAGCAGCCAAACAAUCCAUGCAUCAAAAUAUUCUCUUGAAUAACUUUCCCUUUAAGUUGUCAUGCCAUCAAUUGGUCAUCUAAGGUUGAGUCAUCCCCCCAAAGGUGAGAUUCACCUCCUAGUUUUCAUCUCCUUAAAUACUCUUCAGAAUAAGAGGGAACCAUCAACCCAAGUAACAUAUCUUCCUUACAAAUCUACCAGAGCUUCUUUCACCCUGGUUUCUCUGAUACAGCAGAAACUGCUAUCAAACUGCUAUCACCUUGGAGACUGUUAGGCCAAAUCUGGUAACACUAAUCAACAAACAUGCAGACCUCACUUCUUCAUAACCUAGUUGUUGGAACUCCAGCCAUCUCAGCAACUUAUGAUCAAAUUCAAAAGCCGGUUAACAGAUACUUGCCUGGUCCUGCCACUCAAUGCCAACGUUCAACCAAAACAUCAAAACAAAUGAGAUUGAGGACAGAUAUAUCAAAAACUGUUAUGAGAAAGUUAAGCCUAGGGGCUCAUAUUCUUCGAGUGGGGGGAGUGGAAAACGUGUAUAAGCAGUUUUUUAGUGUGAGAGAAGGAGAAAGGCUUUUGAAAGCUUCAGAGUGUUAUCUGUCCACCACUUCUGGUCCUUUAGCAGGUUUUCUUUUCAUAUCCACAGACAAAGUUGCAUUCUGUAGUGAGAGAUCAAUGAAAGUUUUCACUCAAACAGGCCAUAUGUUGAGGAUCCGUUAUAAGGUUGCCAUUCCACUGAAGAAGAUAAAGUGUGUGAAUCAAAGUAAAAAUGUUCAGAAGCCAACCCAGAAGUACAUAGAGAUUGUCACGGAAGACAACUUUGAUUUCUGGUUUAUGGGUGUCUUAAAAUACCAGAAAACCUUCAAAUAUCUUGAGCAGGCCCUUUCACAAGCUUAGUGAGCUGAGUAGCAAAAUCCACUUUUCAAAGUCGAAGAUUCAUGUUAAGAGGACAAACAGACACAAAAGAUGAAAGCUACUAGAAUUUGAAUGCUGUCAUUGAAAAUGUUGUGGUUUGGUAAAAGGGAUUUCAGUUCAUUGUAAAUAAGGAAUGGAUGUGGUUCAUGAGAUGCAGACUUGGAUGCCAACAAAUCUCAUUGUGAAUCCAAGAAUUCAACAUCAUUUGUUGCGGAAGGGACAAACUUUUAGUAGAGUGAAGGAAAAACAGAGAGAAAUUUGAGGCUCAAUUACACAUUGAUUUAUAAGCUUUUAGUCAAAUUUAUGUAUAACUAUUCAGGAGUUUAACGAUUAUGUACAGUGAUUGUAAAAAAUCUUACAUUGUCAAUCAAUGAAUUAAUUCUA